AUCUGGUGCUAAUUACUAUGUCAGUUCUGAUCCUUUAUUUUCUCCCCUUUCCAUCUUUCUAAUAUUGCCUUAUACAAGCAGAAAUUGGAUGGUAUGUGGACACAAGGUUGCGCCCUUAGUGUUGAAUAAACUGGUGUAACUCCUUUGAAAAUUAUUCCGAAUACUGGCAUUUAAACGAAAAGGUAUGUGUGUGUAGGUAGACACACCAUCAACAUGCACAUUUUUUUAGCUUACUGUGCCCAAGGGGACGUUUAUUGACUAGGCAUGCAUUUGUAAGAGAUUGUGGCCCGAUCCCAUUUACUGGAUCUUUUCAAUCCAGAAACACUGAUCUUUUGAAAACCUGAUAAUUGUCCUUAACAGAAAACUGGGCAGUUUGGUGGGGUUUUGCUGCGGCGAAUAUAAUAUUUUCUCAGCUACCAUAAAGCGUUACACUUGCCAUUAACCUAGUAAAAUUAAAAAUACAAUUGCCAGCGCAGAGUUGCAGCAGCCGCGCCUUUGGCAACUGUAGAAGAAAUGAGUUCAUUUGCUUGAUCCUCCCGCUCCUCUUUUAAGUUUCCAGCAUGUUUUAACUAAGUGUAGAAAUCAACAGGUGCAGCUUUCUCCCAUUACUGCAAUUUGCAUUGCUGAGUAUUGUACAGCUCCUGAAAGUUUACAAGCCUGUCUGCUGGAAAAUGGCGGCAACCCCCGUGGGAAAUGGGGAUUUAGAAACGAGCCGUUCCAUUUUUAGGAAUGUGUUGGAUUUUUUUUUAUCCCGUUCAGCCACUGUUAAAACUGGAAGACUUCGGUAGUCGGCGUAACAAAUACAAAGAGUAACAAAUUGAGUAAUAAGCAUCCUCUUUUUAACGCGCUGUUAAAGAGGAAACUUUUGAAUGCGGAAGCAUUUUUGAAUUAAUCAAAUAACAGCCUCCGCGGUUCUCUAAAUCUCAAGGAAGGGAGUAGCGGUCGGCGAUUAUGGGAGUUACAGUCCAGCAAAAGUAGAAAGCAAGCAAGGAGAUCCUCAAUCCACAAACUGAUUGUUAUUUGGCUUGUAUUCCUCAAUCUUCAAUUUAUCGCCACCAUGGUCUAUGGAGAGUCUCAGUCAUUCAGGUGCUGGUUGUCCCAAAGGUGGUCCAGCGGCCUCUUGAAAAAAGCUCCUUUGGGACUAUCGCCGCCAUUCCAAACCUGCUUAUGUUUCUUCCGUCUCCUUCCUGUACAAAAUGACUUCCUACGUCCACCAGUUAAUACAGAAGUAAAGUUUACAAAUACCGAAUCGCUACGGGGAAAAUACCCACUAAAGCCACCACUAGGAUCCUAUUAUUCCACGCAGGCGCCUUAAGCACGCGCAAUUUUGAAACUCCAUUUCCCAGAUAUCUUCGGGCGCCUGUCUUUCGUUGCUCAGCAACCAGUGUCAACCUACAAUGGAGCCGAGUGGGGAACAAGAGGGCGAUGAUGCAAAAGAAAAAAGUGAAAAAUCAGAAGAGGCACCAACUGUAGCAGAACAGCAGGAAGAGAUCAAAGAAGCAUCAGCUGAAACUAAAUCGUCUCCAGAAGGAGAAGGAGGAGAAAAGUUAGCUGAAGAUGAGUAUGAGGAUGUGGGAAGCGUUGCAAGUGAAGAAGAAGAAGAAGAACCACCACCAGAACCAGAAAAACCUCCAGAACCAGUGAAGAAGAAGAAAAAAGUAGUAGUAGAGAAGAAGAUCUCUGAAAAUUUCUAUUAUAACUAUGAAGAACUGUGCUCAAAUCCAUAUAUAACUCCAGAUUCUGGAAUACCGGUGAACCUGCUCUCUCUUAAACAUUCUUUUGGAUAUGACUGCACUAGACGAGCAAACCUCCAGAUCCUGGAUAGUCAGAUUCUCCUCUACAUAGCUGGCAGUCAAUUAGUUCUCCUGGAUAUGAAAUCGAACUACCAGAGAUACCUUCGAAGCACAGGUGGUGGAGGGAUUGGUGUAAUCACGGCACACCCAGACAGAACUCAUUUUGCAGUAGGAGAAAAAGGUUGGAAGCCCAACAUGGUUAUCUAUGAAUAUCCUUCUUUAAAACCAUACAGAAUAUUACGAGGUGGAACAGAACAGUCAUAUGCAUUUGCUGACUUUAACCGUUCUGGCACCCUGAUAGCCACUGUAGGGGGUAGCCCGGACUAUACAUUGACAGUCUGGGACUGGAAACAAGAAAAGAUUAUAUUGAGAUCAAAAGCAUUUUCACAAGAUGUUUAUAAAGUCACUUUUUCUCCUGAAAAUGAGGAACAACUUACUACUUCUGGUUCAGGCCACAUCAAGUUUUGGAGAAUGGCUCUCACUUUUACUGGCUUGAAAUUACAAGGGGCAUUAGGUAGGUUUGGAAAGACAUCACUGACAGAUAUUGAAGGAUAUGUGGAGCUGCCAGAUGGUAAGGUACUUUCAGGUUCAGAAUGGGGUAAUUUGCUUCUUUGGGAAGGUGGACUCAUAAAAGUGGAACUCUGCCGACCUGGCCAUAAAAAUUGUCAUAGUGGUCCUAUUAGUCAGUUAAUUCUGGAUGAAGGAGAAGUGUUCACUGUUGGAACAGAUGGAUACAUCAGGGUUUGGGAUUUUGAAACAAUAGACACAGCUGAUGUUGUGGAUGAUACUGGACUUGUAGAGAUGGAACACAUAAAUGAACUUUUAGUAGGCAAAAAUGUCAGUCUGAAUUUUAUGAUGAAAAUUCAUGAACGGGGAGAACCAUAUUGGUAUGCUCAGGAUUUCAAUGGUGCUAUAUGGAAGCUUGAUUUAAGUUUCUCGAAUGUCACACGUGAUCCAGAAUGCCUGUUUACUUUUCAUUCUGGAAAGAUAGAAGCCAUAACUGUAUCUCCAGUUACAUAUAUCAUCGCAACUACUGCUCUUGACCGUUCAGUGCGUAUUUAUGAUUACAUUGGCAAGGUUCAAUUGGCUGAUAUGAAAUUUAAACAGGGGGGAACAGCACUUACCUGGGCUCCAACAGUGGUGAAUCCCAAAGGAGGUAUAAUUGCUGUAGGUUUCCAGGAUGGCAUUGUUCGCAUAAUUGAACUUUAUAAUCCCAAAGGACUACCUGUCAUUGCUGGACGGGAAAAUACAGGAGAUGCGGCCUUGCGUCUGAAACAGGCUUUUAAACCUCAUGUGUCUGUAGUUACAGCUUUGGCUUAUGAACGUAAUGGGGAAAUACUAGCCACAGGGAGCAAAGAUAAAACUGUUUUCUUCUUUACUGUUGAAGACAAAUAUGAUCCUAUUGGAUUCAUUAGUGUUCCAGGACCAGUACAGGCAUUGCAAUGGUCACCCCAUUCCCAUCCAGAGAGCAAGCUCCUUAUCCUCUGUCAGAAUGGCAUCGUUGUUCAGGUUCCUGCCCCAAACCCUGCGGCCUAUGAUGCAGUAACUACCUAUAGGAUCAAAGAUUUACCUGCAGAAUAUUUCCGUUUCUGGAGCAUCAAAUCUCGGAUAUUGAGAGAAAAGGAAAUUAACCGCAGAGAAAAAAUUAAACAACAGAAGGAAAAAGAAAAGCAGCAAUGGAUCCAACAACAGCUGGACAGGGGGAAAACACUAGAAGAAAUAGAAAUGCCUGAAGAAGUGCCCGUCGAAGAGGAACCACUUCCAGAAAUCUAUAUCCCAGAAACUCCAAGUCCUAUCCUUUGUGGGUUUUACUCUGAUCCAGGGAGAUUCUGGUUAUCAUUGGGAGAAUAUGACACAGGAUUUUUGUAUCACUGUGCAUUUUCCUCUGAGCAGCAAAAAGAUCCUGAGACUCGGCAGGAUGAACCCUUUGAUGUUAUCCCUCUUGAAGAUGCAGAUUACAAUGCCAUUCAUCGCAUCAGCUUUUGCUCCACAGGUUUAUUAAUGUUUUGUGGGAUGCAUAAUGGAAUAGUGAGGAUUUAUCCCCUCCACAACAAAGAACUUUGUCUGGACAACAUAGCUGGAUAUUGGUCAUUUAGUUUGCAUGAUAAUGACUAUGGGCAAAUUCAAGGGAUAUACUCAAGUUUUGAUGAUCGAUUUCUAGUAACUUGUGGAGCAGAUGGCAACAUCUUUGCAUAUGACAUUCUUUCUGCUGAGGAAGUUAAGAAAGUCCUGAAGACUAAAGUGCCCUCUCCAAGAAGCGGAUUAGACAAAGAGAAAGCGGCAGAUGAUAUUGAGGAUAUUUAUGCCUACAGUAUUGAGAAUGCCAAGCAAAAAAAAGAACAUGAUCAGAUAAUGAAAAUUGCAGAACGUAAGAAAUAUUUGAAGAGACAAGAACUGAUUUUAUUGAGGCAAGAGUUUCAGGAAUUGCUCCGGAUCAAUAGUGAAUUGCCCAAACACAUGCAGCUCCUUAGAGAACAAUUUGAAAUGGACCAGAGAAUUCGUGCAGAAAUGGACAGAAAGACUGCAAAAAGUAUUAGGCAAGUAAUGAGAGAACUGGCCUGGGAACAGGAAAAACAUCACAUUGGGUUGCGAAAAGUACAUGAACGAUACCGGGGCAAUUUGGAGUAUGACACCAUUUUGGUCUGUGCCAUGAGAAGUACUCACCGAAUCUCCACAUACAAACUAUUGGCAAUCUCAGAGAGUUCAUACCGAGCCAGAAAACAAAUUCACCCAGGGAAAAGAAGAAUAAGCAAAUAUGAUCGGAAAGGAAAAGAAGGAGAGCAAAGAAAAGAUAGCCAAAGAGAUAUUAAAACAAUAGUUACAGCCCAGGCUGCCAUUGAUGAAGAACCAGAAGCUGAAAGAACAAGGAAAAAAUCCCAACCUCACACAGCAGCAAGCCGUAUUGUUGAAAAUCGAAUGGAAAAACUUAGGAAAAUUAUUGAAAAAGCAGACAAAGCCAAAGCUAAAAUCCAAAAAAGAAAAAUGGAGUGGAAUGAAUUAUUCAAGAGCAAACCAAGUGAUAACUAUGAGGAUCCUCAAGAUGUAGCAAAUAUCAAAGAAGCUCAAGAGAACAUGGGGGACUUCAAAUUAAAAACUGCCACUAACUACAAAAUUCCUGAGCAUAUGAGAAUCAAUGCGGAUAAAAAAACAAGCCAAUUGCAAGCUUUAGAAGCAGCUAUACAUGAGAAGAAGCUGACGAUGAACAAAUGGAUUGUGUCUCUCCGAGAUCUUAAAGUUGCUAUUAUAGAAGAGAUUCAGUGUGUAGUACAAGAAUUGAAAGCUAUACAGUCAUCUCUGGAUCCAUCCAAACAUCUGUCAAUACCUUUGGUUCCUCAACUACUUCCCGAAGAGACACCAGAAAAACAUUUCCAGUAUGACCAUGACAUGCUUUUGAAGUUCAAACAAGAAGCAGAAGACCAAGAGAAGAAAAUAACGUCAUCGAUUCCUUCUCUGGAGUCUGGAAGUUUAGGAGGAUUUGGUGGAGGAUUUCUUCAUAGUCCUUCAAUCAAGGAAGUAGACAGUGGUCGGAUUGCAGCUUUAAGGCCAGGAAGACUAUCAUCUGGAAUUUCUGAGCAACCACCUAAAAUAUUUGAGAUUCAGCCGGCAGAACCAACAGAUCUUGAAUUGGAAAUCAGACAGAGAGAAGAGAUAAGAAACGUUCAUCUGCAGGAAACUUUGAUCAAGAGGAUAGAUGAACUGAUGAUCACUUUUGAUGCUGAGCUUUGCCUUCUCCGUCACCAAAAGAUGAAACUUGACAUCCUAAUGAAAACAGCUGAUCUGCGCCACAUCACUUGGUUCGAAGAACUUCUUCUCCUGAAGAAUUUUGAAAAACAUGAGGACAUUCUCCAAGAACGUGUCAACAGCCUUGUUAGUGAAGAAGAAGAAAUGCAAAGCAAGUUAAAUGACUGGCUUGGCCUCAUAGAGAAUAAAAAAACAGAAAUUGCAAAGCUCCAAGAAAGAGAAAAAAUCCUCUAUGCCACUUUUCAAGCAUCCUUGGGAGAAAAUAACAAGUUUGCUACAUUCCUUACUAAAGUUCUCAAGAAAAAGAUCAAACGUGUUAAGAAGAAAGAAGUGGAAGGUGAAGGAGAUGAAGAGGAAGAAAGUGAGGAAGAGAGUGAAGAGGAGUCUAGUUUAGAGAGUGAUGAAGAGGAAUCAGGAUCUGAGGAUGAAGUCUUUGACGAUUCUGUUUGUCCAAAAAAUUGUGAUGAGUCACUCUUUGAGAACACGCUGCAGCUUCGAGAGAAACGACUAGAUAUUGAGGAGGCUUUAGUUGAAGAGAAAAAAGCUAUUGAAAAUGCCAGGAAAGAAUAUGACGCAUUGUCAAAGAAGGUGAAAGUUGUAGUGGCGAGCCUAGAUAAUGCAGAAGGGGAACUUGAGGCCUUUCAGAGAGAAAAGCAGCAGAGGCUGAAUGAGCUACAUGUUGUAGUGCCUCUAAAACUUCACCAGGUGGAAUAUAUGUCGAGUGGAGAAAUUCCCUCUGAUCUCUCACAGUCUUUGGUAUUUACCAAUCUAUCUUUAGUGAACUUGCAGCAAAGAAUUUUGACUUUGCAGCAGGAGAAAUUAGAACAGAGGUCCCUUUAUAAGAAAGCCCGGGAACAGCAUAAACAACUAAUUCGAGACAGAAGAGAAAUAGCACGUACGAUUGAGCAACUGGAAGAGAAAUGUAAUCAAUUGAUGAUGAUGAAAUUUGGCCGGAUUGUAAACUUGGAAGCCCUUCAGACUCUUUCUGUUAACACAAACCUAGAAGAACUCAGGAUGAAAGUAAUGGAGAAAGAGCAAAUUCAAGCGGUAGAAUUAAAAAAAUGGGAGAAUAAAAUUUUUGAGAUGCGUCAGCAGCAGAUGAUGGUAACAAAAGAAAAUACUAGUAAAAUAAAGCAAAUGAAUGCAUUUUGCAUAGAAAAGAUGAAACUUGAAGCUAAAGUGGAUUCACUGCAGAACAACUUGGGAGCAGAAUUUCAAGGACCUCGCAGAGCAGAUAUUGAGGAAAGGGAAAAAUUAAUUGCACUUGUUCAGCUGCAAGCCCAAGAAACUGAAGUCUUGAAAGAAGAAAUAACUCUCCUGAGUCGAAAAGAUGGUCGUAUCUUCCCAGCCUCUCAAAAUCUUUUCCAGAGAGAUGAGAUUAUAGAUUAAAUAGUGUCCUAGUCUUGGGUUUUUUUUUUUUAAUAUAACUCAUUUCAUGUAUCUAGCCAGAAAAGUGCUUUUGAGAACUUACCCUUGUUUAUUUUAAUUCUGGAAGAAAUGCUCUGCCUUGAACUAUUGUUUAGGUUGAACUUUAAGAUGAUAAGUUCUCUGGAGAUGCAGUGAUUGAGAAAACCUGUACCAUUUGAAUGACAGUUAUUAAAGAUAUAGAAUCGUUCUGGAUAAAAUAGACUGUAUCUCUCAUUCUUCUAAUCAGUUGGGUUUUCUGUGGAUAUAUGAAGGGUCUCAAAAAUCUACAAAUAGUUCUAUUACCUAACCCAACAUACAUAUUUGUACAUGUCAAACAAGGAACAGUCUGCAAAUGGGAACUUGUUCUCCCGGUUUGCUGGUAAAACUGUGUCUUUAUCACAGUAUGAAACAAUAAUGUAUUACUACUCAAUGGCAUGCUGCACAUGAGAAACAGACUAAGCCAGACCCAAAGUAACCACCAAUAACCUGGAAAAUGGGGGCAAGCCUUGGCAUUCUGUCAAGAUGCAGUUGACUGAGAAAAAAAUUAUCAGCAGAGCGUUCUCAUAUCAUCACUAUUCCUUCUACAGUAUCUUAAACUGUUACAGACUUUGAAAUUGGCAGUGUCACUUGGUGGCUGCUCAGCUAUGUGAACUGCUUAUAAUUUUCAUAGCUAACAUAUGGAAAUAUUUUCAGAUUCUAAUUUAACUUUUAUAUUAUGUAAUAAAGCAUAUGGGCGUAAUUAAAUUUUAAACACUCUACUGAGCCUGAGUCUUACCAUAUUACUUCUUUAUAGUAAUCUUACUUUUAAGCAGUUGACUCUUGGAAGUCUCACUUCUCAGUCCCAUUUUUUUUAAAAAAAAAUAAUAAUAAUCUUGGAAGUCUGUAUUUCUUUCCCUUUCCCUUUCUGAGCAUGUCUGGUUCUAUGUUGGUCUAGAACAGGAGUGUCAAACUUGCGGCCCAUGGGCCAGAUGGGUCACA